CCAAAACAGCUUCAAGCACGUGGUUUCUAUUUUCUGACUAUGAGUCAUGAUCAUAGUCCAGUGUGUAGUUGGUGUUUGUGUUAUUUUGUGAUGUAAUGUAAUGUAAUAAAGCAUACGGUUAACUUGUAGAAUUGAUAAACACUUUUCGUUCAAAAGUAAUUCAAACGCGCAUCUUAUUUCAAAAUCUACUCGUAGUUAUCUCUUGUGUUAACCUACUUAUUCCAGCCAAGUUUGGCUGUAUUGGGAAUUCACUUGGAGAAUGGAUGAUAACGAUGGUAAUAUGGGGGAAGACUUAAUGCCGGUUUUGAGUGAUGAUGAAUCAGAAGAGUUGUUUGAGGAAGACGUUGAAGAGAUUAUUGUUUUACCUCAAAAUUUGGAUGGACUUGAACAAAAUGACUCAGAUGACGAUCAAGAUAUACAAGAAGAGAUCGCCUCUCCAAGUUCACCUGUAAAAGAUGACUCUGAAUUCAUAUUUAAAAAACAUACAGGACCAGUAUUUUGUUGUGCCUUGGAUCCCAUUAAUGGAAAUUUGGCUGUGACUGGAGGUGAGGAUGAGAAGGCGUAUGUGUGGGUGACUCAAACCGGGGAGGUUGUCUUUGAAUGUGAAGGCCAUAAAGACAGCGUGACCUUUGUAGCGUUCAGUCACGAUGGCAAGUAUCUGGCUACAGGAGAUAUUUCUGGCUACAUUCAAGUUUGGAAAGUGGCCACCAAAACUCGUAUCAUGGUUCAAGUAGGAUCAGAUAUGGCGUGGAUGCAGUGGCACCACGGGACGAGGGCACUGUUGUAUGGGCAGUGUAAUGGGGACGUGUUCAUGUGGAAGGUGGGUUCUAGCCAAGAAGAAAAUGAUUCACGAUUCAAGCUGUUUGUCGGAUACAACGUUGGUACAGACUGUGCAGUUGUCAUGCCUGAUGGUAGGUCCAUUCAUCACUAAAUUAGCCUAAAUU